UACUCUCCACCAAUCACUUCACCUUCUCCUUCUGUAUCCUCCUCUCUCACAUCCUUCUUAAUUUAUUUCUCAACGACUUUUCUUCCUCUAUCUUCUCCAAUCUUCUCUUCCUCUCUCUUCCUGCUAGACCACUUUCACCAUGCUUCGCCUAACUUUUGGAGUUUAGCUCAGGAUUCUGUUAAAGGGUUUUGAGUAGUUUCCCAGGAAGAAAAAAAGGGGACCCUUUAUAGAUUAGAUUAGCAGGGUCACUUCGUCUCACAUUUUCUUCGAAAUUUUGUCGGUUUAGCACCACGUGCAGUUUUUCUGACGCUGUUACAGUGUUUCUGGCUCUAUAACAACGUUUCUCUAUCUGGGUGGCGCUUGAAUCUUUGAAAGAAUCUCUCUCUGUGUCUCUGUGUCAAACAUCUGGUGGGUAUAUUCUGUGUAUCUUGUAUAUUUUGAACCUAGCAGAAAGCUUGAGAGGAAGCAUAAGAGAUAUAAAAAGCCCGAGAAGAAAUAGAAGAUAUUAGAGGAGAGGAGGUGAGAUCAAUCAGUGGGAAGAUGAAAAUUCAGUGUGAUGUGUGUGAGAAAGCUCCGGCAACAGUUAUUUGUUGCGCGGAUGAGGCGGCCCUGUGCGCGAGAUGCGACGUUGACGUUCAUGCUGCAAAUAAGCUUGCAAGCAAGCACCAGAGGCUUCUCCUUCAGUGCCUCUCCAACAAGCUCCCUAAAUGUGACAUCUGCCAGGAUAAGGCAGCUUUCAUAUUUUGUGUCGAAGACAGAGCCCUCUUUUGUCAGGAUUGUGAUGAACCAAUUCAUCCGGCUGGUAGCCUUUCAGCAAAGCAUCAGCGGUUCCUGGCCACUGGAAUCCGUGUGGCUUUGAGCUCCAGUUGUAAGGACACUGAAAAUAGUAGCUUGGAGCCACCCCAUCCGAACUCACAACAGAUUCCGGUGAAAAUGCCCACACAGCAAACUUCUACCUUCACAUCUCCUUGGGCUGUUGAUGACUUGCUGCAAUUUUCUGAUCUUGAAUCCUCUGAUAAGAAAGAGGCACUUGAGUUGGGAGAGUUUGAAUGGUUAGCAGACAUGGGUCUUUUUGGUGAGCAAAUGCCUCAGGAGGCUUUAGCAGCAGCAGAAGUUCCUCAGGUUCCAGUGUUGCAGUCAAGCAAUUUUACCUCAUACAGACCCUCUAAAUCCAACAUGCCCUACAAGAAGCCUAGACUUGAGUUACCAGAAGAUGAUGAUGAGCAUUUCACAGUUCCUGAUCUUGGCUAAAAGUCAUACAAUAAGAUUUGAAAUGUUCAUGAAUUAUAUAUAUCAUACUCCAUAAAUACAUGUGUGUAUUUAUGUCUGUGUAUGUAUAUACCUUUGAAGCGUUUUUAUUUUUUUUUCUUCAGGAAAACUAUGUUUGCAAUCAGUUGGUAAUACAUUUUAGGAGUUGCUUGAUCGUGGGCUAGCUAAAAGGUUCAGUUUAGGUGAUUUACUUGUGUCUUUACUCUCUAUAUGUAAUUUUGGCCUUCACUUAAAUUUUGAGAUAUGCACACGGUGAUCUUGGGCUUUAACAUGUCA